ACUUAUUACUUAAAGAAAAACAUCCAAAACUUCAAAGAAGUAGUCGUCACUAACGUGAGCCCGGCAUCAGCAGGACUGCGGAGAGCUGUGAGACAGGAGAAACUACGGGGAGAGACGGGGGACAAAUUUGCUUUCUCCAACAAGGAGAUAACGGACAUCUUCAGUGCGAGAAAGAAAACAAAAGGGGUCAGGGUCAUACACAGUGUGGUUUUGAAGAUCAACAACAACGCAGGGUCGGAGACGAUGUUCAACACUAUUUUUAAAGAAGUUCAGACAGCAGUAGAAGACAUCAAAAGCUGCUCUGCAGCCACACCAGGUUGUCCAGAGUUCCAGGUGACCAGUACACAAGCACCAGUAAAAGAAGAUUUGGAUCCAACAGCUGUGUGUAGGAAAUCUGUAGACCCGAAGCUGGCUAAAUACUACUCUCCUGUCAACAUCGGUGGUAAACUUGAGUGUGUGAAUAGAUGCAUUCCUGGACACCCUGAACCCUUCACAUGUCAACACGACGGCACCUGUGCUGUCUCAGUGGAUGAAGGACCCCAGUGCUAUUGUCUCCACACAGGAUCCACUUGGUACAUGGGCGCCAAUUGUAACCACCCCAUCAACAAGAUUGGCUUCUACGUGGGGAUGAGUGUGAUGGGCUUGGUGCUGGUGGUGCUGGUGGGGGUCCUGACUGCCUACCUGCUGCUCACCAAGCAGAGACAGAGGAGGAACAAAGACAGCAAGCAGAAAAUAGUCAACCAAUGGCUGGAGGAUGACUUUGAGUGGUCCUCCCCCAACAGAACAGCAGCCAAUCAAGGCAUGGUAAACCCUGUAUACCCAGCCGGGGAGUUCAACAGACCAGGCAGUGCUCCACCUCCAUCCUAUACCUCUCACCCAGUCCACUACCCAGACUCCUCUCGCUACCUCCAAACCACCUAUGAGCAACAGUCCCCAAGUUACCACCUACCCCAACUUGCACUCCACGACUUCUCAAGCAACCAGCAGAUUCAUAUCAACCGCCCUCGGAUCAGAACCUCAUCUGAUAUGUAACUCUGGUUACCAACUACUCUUCACCAUCUAGAGUCUUCCCACCACCCUCUCUACACCACCUAGUCUCUCCAUCACCCCCUCUACACCACCUAGUCUCCCCACCA